CUACGAUCUCCGUCGCUGAAAUCCAUAUUUGUACUAUAAAACUUAAUCUCUCACUUCUUCUUCGCCAUCUCCAUCUCACACCGAUCUCUUUCCGUCUUGCAUGCAGGCUCGCACAAUGACAAACCCUGAGAUAGUGGACAAGGUGAUUAAGAUUGCAAGAGAGCAAUUCGGAGUUCAAGAUGACUUGGAAGUAACGGCUCAGUCCACUUUUGUUGACGAUAUCGGAGCUGAUGAUCUUGCCAUUAGGGAGUUUGUGUUGGCCUUAGAGGAAGCGUUUGGGAUUGAAAUAGAGGAUAAGAAAGUAGAGUCCAUUUCCACAGUUGGGCAAGCAGCUGAAGUCAUUGAGGAGCUACUGAAGUAAAAAGCUUAAAAAUGAAAAACUAAACCCAAUUACCUUAUUUGAGAUUUUUAUGUCGUUUUUAACAAUAAUAUUAUAAGGCUUUGUAUUUGAUUUUCUUUCGUCUAAACCUGU